GCGGGCCAAAAAGUUCUCCUUGAGCUUUACAGCUCUAUACCUGCUGCGAACUGUCCUCAGCCUAUUCUCCCUGAUCCCCCUCUUUCCGCCUUUGCCUCGUCUCUGAGUUCCAAUUGGCUGCAGGGCUAAAGACGCGCCGUCCCAGCCCACCCACAGUCUUUUUUAGAGCUCCGUCGGUGGCCGAGUUCACCGUGACUUCCUCGCCUUGGGAUCCGGGCUGAGCGUACGUAGACACGGCUACAGCAUGGCAGCUAGUCACGAUUAUAGAGGCUACCUACGGGACAGCGUUGAUCUGGAGGCGACCCAGCACCACCGCUUUCACCCGGUCCAGAGCUCGGAGACCACGUACCGGCCGUUCCUAAUUGGGACCCUUGCUAUUAUGGGAUUGCUUCAGGUGGCUUCCAGCGUGGCCAUCUUAUUGCACCUGACCGGUUAUCUGCAAGAGGUAGAUUUGUCCGCAGCACCACAUCGGCCUAUUGAGGAAAUGCAGACAGAACCAAUUAUGAAUGCCUUACAAGGCACGCAAAAACUGAGAAAAUGCAACAAGAACAGAUGUAAAAGUCCUAGAGACAGUGUGCCAUCGGCUCAUCUACCGAUCAGAGCGAAACAAGAGUACCCAAAAGGCAAGCAGCAACCUGUGACUAUCGAAUGGGACAAUAGCCAAGGAGAUCUCCACUGCAUUAAGUACGACAAAGGGAAGCUGUUAAUUGAUGAGCCUGGGUACUACUACGUCUAUGCCAAGACCUGCUUCCGCUACUACCAUAUGGCAGAGGACCGGGAGACCUCCUUGAUGGAAAACCUUCAGCUCAUCCAAUACAUUUGCCAUGACAUCCACCAACAGAAUACCAGGGUGAGACUGAUGAAAACUGGUAGCACCCCAAGAUGGAACAACACCAGCUACAACAUGUACUGUGCACAGCAAGGCCGUGGGGUGCGGCUAGAGCAGGGAGACGCGCUAUUCGUUAAUGUGUCUAACGCAUGGCUAUUGGACCGGGAGACUGAGGGGACAUACUUUGGGGUCAUAAAGCUGGCCAACUGACAUGUAAAUUAAUGGAGUGGACAUGCUACUGAACAUUCAAUAUGCCAAAGACCACUGUUAUUGCUAAUUUUCUUGUCACUAUUGUCGUCUCAUGUUGAUUUGUCAGAAGAAUUUCCUGUAAUUAUUCACACGUUUCACCACAAAGGUUGGUAAAAAAAACAAAUGAAAAGUGAUGGAUUGCCACUUUUACAAUUAGGUAAUGACUCGCAACGUUCAGACAUCACGAAAUGUAGAGACAAGUUCAAUUAUAUCUUUGUACCUUGUCCAAAACGGUACUGGAUAUGUUCAUAAAUAUUGACAAUUGCUGGGGAAUACUUGUUCAAUGUACUUUGGGGGAUUUAAACAGAUCUGUACCAUUUAAAACAAACCUCACAGGUCAGAGCUGGUCGGCCUGUACAUUGGAGCUCUUCUGGCAUCUGCUUACACUUUGUAUGGAGCCAGAUAAAACUAACAAUCCCCCAGACCUGUGUCUCUGACCCUUAGCAGACGCAUAUGGAGUGUUUGAUGGUCAAUGAGGCAUCCCUGCUCUAUGUAACCGAUGUAUGCUAUGGGGUAGAGUAGGCAGUGGGGAUUUGUUUUCCUUAAAGGUGGAAAAUGAAUAAUUUUCUCUGCCAUGUUUUAAGUCAAACAAGUAUGUUGUAGAUGUAAAACACAGAUUCUCGUGACGUAAAAUUGACAAAUGAUUAUUGACUAUCAACUUGCAAAGCAGAUAGCUGGACUGUCUGGCCAAUAAUGACAUGAAAAGUCUCCUUUAACUUGAACCAAAUUGAUUUUGGUUCAUCAUUAACUUAAUUUUUUUUUCAUUUGACUCUUCAGCGAGGUAAAUGGGAAUAUGCACUAAAUAUUUAUUUAUUAGUUUUAGAGUUACAGAGAGGGGCCACUGUUACAGUGAGUGCUCAGCUGUAGAACAACAGUAUAUUUCAUGUCUGUUUGACGUCCAUUAUGCAGCACUUAGAGGCUAUAGUAGACAUGCUUUUUGUUAUAAAAACACAGGGGCUUUCAUUUUGAAUUCAAUAUUUAUGUGUCUUAUUUUUGACAACUGUGUGUGCACUCGCCUUGACAUGAGCAGGAUGGAUGUAAUGUUUUAGAUUGUACAAUACAGUAAGAUUGUUGUUUAUACAAUAUUUUGUCAAUAUUAUUUAUGUUGUUAAUAAAACUACUUUUGUAACAAUUUGAAUGCA